AUGCCGAAAGUCUUCCUGGUAACGGGGACUUCAAGCGGCUUUGGCCAUGAUUUGAUUCAAGAGAUAUUGAAUCGUGGAGACAUUGCAAUUGCGACAGCACGUACUCCGGCGAUUUUGCAAUUCGAUAACACUACCGAAAACAACUACAUGACCUUGAAGCUCGAUGUGACCGAUACCGAAUCCAUUAAAGUAGCUUUCGCCGAGGCCAUCAAGCGCUUCGGGAGAAUCGAUGUCGUCGUGAACAAUGCGGGAUACGGCCUCACGGGAUGCUUCGAAGAAUACACCGAAGAACAGAUUCGGAUGCAGAUGGAGGUCAAUUUCUUCGGUCUCAUCAAUGUUACACGGGAAUCAAUGUCUACCAUGAGAGCCCAAAAGCCCAGCGGCGGUGUCAUUCAACAGGUUACCAGUGUGGGUGGACAACGCGGAGCUGCAUGCUUCAGCCUGUAUGCCGCGAGCAAAUGGGCAGUUGAAGGGUUUACGGAGUCUGUUUCAAAGGAAGUGAAGCCUGAAUGGGGUAUUAAGUUUACCUGCGUCGAGCCAGGUGGCUUUAGAACCGAUUGGGCUGGUCGGUCAAUGGCUUUCACCGAACGCCAUCCAGAAUAUGACCACCUCGAUGCUAAAGGCAGCAUGAUGGCCCGCAAUGGGACUCAGCCUGGUGACCCUCGAAAGGCCGCAAAAGCGUUUUACGAUUUAGCCAUGAUGGAAGACCCGCCAUUGAGAGUCUUGCUCGGCACAGAUGCCUAUCCAGCCAUUCUAGCGAGGCUAGAGGAGGAGAAACGGAAUUUCAUGAAGUAUGAAGGAAUCAGUUUAAGCACCGAUAUCGAUUAA